AUGCUCUUUCUCCUGCCUUUGAAUUCCCCAUCACACCAAAGCCCAAUCCUGGACAACCAUGGUGUGAGAUUCGAGGCAAGGUCAACGGAAACACGUUUCUGCAUUAUGCCUGUGGGAACAAGAAGGUCGAAGUCUUUGGUCCUCUGGGGAGGAAUGUGAAUGACAUAGUGUUUUGGGAGAGACAGACCGAAACUCUGAAAGACCUGGCAGAAGAGCUCAAGAAGAAACUACUUGACUGGAAAGCAGCGGAUUUUACACCCAGUGAUUCUCUCUCCCUGCAGGGCAGGAUGGUGUGUGUGCGUGGGGACAAUGGACGCACCAGCGGAUCCUGGGAGUUUCACAUCAAUGAACAGAUAUCCUACUUCUUUAACUCAGAGAGUGGAAAUUGGACACUUCGUCCUAGAGGCCGACAGAUAAAGGCCUCAUGGGAGAGUGACAGAGAUUUGACCAAUACCCUCAUGAAGAUCUCAGUUGGAGACUGUAACAAGUGGCUUGAGCGAAUAUUGGUGCACUGGGAUGAACUGUGGGAGACAACAGCCCCGCCAGGCUCGCAGCAAGUCACGGCCCAGUCCGGGGCCACGGCCCUCAGACCCAUCACCUGGAUCCUCCCUGUGAUUCUCAGCUGCUUAAUCAUAAUUGGCAUCCAAGGUAGAGUCUUUUAGAGUGACAGGUACUGAGAGCAGAUGGAGCGGGAAGGGAGGGACAAAUGGCCUGGUGUGAGGACAGGGACAGGUGACUCCCCCGCCCGACCCUGCCCACUCACUGAACCUUGUCAUCACAGAAGUGAGACGAGGUGAUGAGUUCCCCUGUCAGUUGUUAGCAGUAACGUGGACAAGCUCAGCCCUGAGUUGUCCUAAGGCCUCACUGUUAAGGCCGCUGGGAAAGGGGAGGGGCCCCCCAAUGCAUAAGGCCUGUUGACGCUAAGGAGAUCUAGCAAGGUCAGGCCUGACGCAGACCUGAUUCUAGGUUGAAGAGAGUCAAUUUGGCCCAGUGCGGGUGGUGUGCGGGGAGAGGGACACACAGCUUGGGCAGUACUCACAUUGGAGCACGAGAGGCGUGGUGGCUCCACGUGAUGUCUCAGGGGGGGCGACUCCAUCCAGGGGCCUACGAGGAGAGGCACCAGUGUCUGUUCCGGGGGAGGGAGUGGGAAGGCCGGGCAGAGGCAACUCCAAAGCCUGCAGUUGAGUGCUGUGUUCCCCCAGACAGUGGCUUGGGUCUUAGCAUGUGAGGCAGAAAGUGAACAGUAGAGACUGUGCAUGGCAAGAUGUAGAAGCGUGGGAAAUCCGGCUCAGGCUGCUGCAGGCACUGGCAGCUCGCUUCCUGCAGACCUCAGAUCCGGAGCCACUGAGCACCCCUGCUUGGAGCAGAGCUGACCCGGGAGACGGGGGGACAGAGCUGGCCCGGGAGAUGGGGGAGCAGAGCUGACCCGGGAG